UGACCGUCAGUGCUAGUGUUGUGGGUGAAGACGCGGCGUAAGACUGGAAGAAAGCGAGUUAAGGCAGAUAGUUGAAGCUAUGACCUUGCUAACUAGUUAGUAACGUAGUGCGCAGCUGACGGAAAACACCAUCUAGCUCUGAAUGGGAUGACAUCGCCACAUUAGUUUCUAGCAGUUGUAGAGCGCCCAUUCGUCUGUGAAAUGGAGGAUUUGUCUGCAUCAGAUACUGAGACUGACGACUAUGAGCAUCCUUUGCUGCAUAGAAAGGACAACGAUAAAGUUGAAAAAGCCCCGGCAUGCUGCUCUUCACGCUAUGGCCUGGCUCUGCUGUCUUGCUAUGGCUUCUUUGUGGUCUACGCUUUGCGGGUAAACCUGAGUGUGGCCAUGGUCGACAUGCUGAACACAAACACUAGCGGGAAUGAGAGCUGUUCUGUGUGCCCCAGACACGAAGGAACCAAACCAAAGCACAAUCACACGGCGAGAGUGUACGACUGGGACUCCGAGACGCAGGGCUGGAUCCUGGGCUCAUUCUUCUACGGCUACAUCCUGACCCAGAUCCCCGGAGGGUACCUGGCGCGCAAGUAUGGGGCCAAGUGGCUGCUGGGCUUUGGCGUCUUUGGCACCGUGGUGUUCACCGUGCUCACCCCGCUGGCGGCUGACAUGGGAGCCGGCUACCUCAUCGCCGUGAGAGCGCUGGAAGGCAUCGGAGAGGGAGUGACGUUUCCCGCUAUGUACGCCAUGUGGGCCUGCUGGGCUCCGCCCCUGGAGAGGAGUCGGCUGCUCACCAUUUCUAGCACAGGUGGCCAGCUAGGUACUUUGGUGGCCCUUCCCUUGUCUGGUUUGAUUUGCUUUUAUCUGGACUGGACAUAUGUGUUCUAUAUAUUCGGAGCUGUGGGGCUGGUGUGGUUCGUCCUGUGGGCGUUUCUUGUGAGCAACACACCAGACAAGCAUGAGAGGAUAUCAGAGGUGGAGAAGCUGUACAUCAAAUCUUCUCUGAAGCAUGAGCUCUCUCCCUCAUCAGACCACAUUCCUUGGGCAUCGAUCUUCUGCUCCGUGCCAGUCUGGGCUAUUGUCGUUGCCCAUUUCUCCUUCAACUGGACCUUCUACACCCUGCUAACUCUACUGCCCACCUACAUGAAUAACAUCCUAGGCUUCAGUAUCCAGCAGAAUGGGUUCCUGUCCGCGCUGCCAUACCUGGGCGGCUGGGUGGUGGCACUGCUGGGAGGACAGCUGGCAGACUGGCUGCGUGAGAGAUGGCUCAUCUCCACUGUGGUCGUGCGCAAGACCUUCAGUGCCCUAGGGAUGAUCGGCCCGGCGGUGUUCCUGGUUGCAGCAGGCUACACGGGAUGUAACUAUGUCCUGGCAGUGGCCUUCCUCACCGUUUCGUCCGCUCUGGGCGGCCUCUGCUCCUCUGGAUAUAGCAUUAACCAGCUGGACAUUGCACCUUCUUAUGCAGGAAUUUUACUGGGCAUCUCUAACACGUUUGCUACAAUCCCGGGCAUGGUGGGCCCAGUCAUAGGCAGGGCCUUGACACACUCUAACACCAUAGAGGAGUGGAAGAUUGUGUUCUACAUCUCUGCUGGGAUCAAUGUGUUCGGUGCCACUUUCUUCACUGUGUUUGGGAGGGGGAAUAUCCAGCCUUGGGCCAUGCCUGAUACUCAUGGAGGCUGA